AUGAAGCCUCUAUACAUUGCAAAGUCGCUUUCCGAUUUGGAAAAUAUGUGUCAGUUACGUUUGUCAAACGACCCCCUAAAAAAUACAACGAAUUUGAUCAUGCGUUUGUUCAAAGAGGCGUCGAUGCUUCGAUACAGUGAUGAGGAAAGAGCAUUCAUUUUCUAUGCUAGGGGACUAAACCUUUUUGCAAGUGUUGAAACUGAGAGCAUCUCUAACAUUUCCUAUGAGUUGCGAUCGCAAUAUGAAAGCGCUAAGGAUGCUUACGCUAGGCUACGAGAAAGACUGGGUCUGAGAUAUGAGAUGGAACGAGGGAUAUUGCUCCUGGACAAACUCCCCGUUUGUGAUGAUCCGAUACUCAGCGAAUCAUUUGGAAUGGAACCAAAACAAUUUCCAGGACGUUGGAUGCCUCCCAUUUGUUUACACGAUGCGGUCGCAAAAGGAGAGGAUAUUUUUAUAAUUGAUGUGCGAUCUAAAGAAGAGUACUCAAGGAAGAAAAUUGCGAAAAUACCCCAAAUUAACCUUGGCGUCCAAAUCACCUAUGGUCAAACAAUAAGUGCGGUGGAAAAAAGAAUGGAUGAUGAACAGCGCAACCAAUGGAAAUUACAUAAAUUGGCGAGGAUGAUCGUUCUUUUGGACAGGGACUCUGGUGGCGAGCUGAUCGAAAAACCAGACGAUGCUGAGAAGUGUCCACUGCAUACAAAACAUCCCCUAAAGAUAAUGUAUGAUGCACUAGUAACUUACAAUGCUGAAAAGAUAUCUCUGCCACCUGCGGUAUUCUUGUCGGGAGGCUUUGAAGAAUUCGAAAAACGCUACCCCUCUUUAGUUUCUUCGACGAUUCUCGUUUAUUAUACGUGCGGUUCCGCCGUUAUCUCAAUGACCAUACCGCCAAAGCAAUAUCAAAUAGGCUAUCCCACUGUCGCCGAUGUUUCCGGAUGUAUUUCCUCUACAGUACCGUCAAGUUAUGGGAACAGUUAUCUGGAACCUGAAGACCCAUUAGGAAAUACUAAAACUCUCUCUUAUGGUGAAUUGGCAAAAAUGCUCAAGACUAAUGAGUCCACCGUGGCUUCCAAAUUGGCUUCCAACGAGCCAAGUUCCAAACUACUAGAAAAUUACGCCAUGGAAACGUCGCGUAAGCCUGCGAUUGACCGGUCGACGAAGCCGCAAUUAAAUGUUUUAGCUGCACCUCUGAAUAGGCAGCUGGCGGUUGAAGACGAAGAAACAGGGAGGAAUAAUGUUCCGGAGGUAAGGCAUUGUUCAAUCUCCAUCCUUCACAUCGUUCAAAGAAGCCCCAAACCGCAGCACAAAUUGGCAAUCAAACGGUGUGCUACCCAUGCCCUUUUUCAGCAGUUUUUACACUGCCUUGUUAAUGAGAUAGGUAUCAGUAAAAUUUGUACUUCGUCAACUAUACCAUGGGUCGCCCUCCGAAGAGGUCUGAAAAAUAUGGGCAAUACCUGCUACAUGAACAGUACCCUGCAAUGUCUGCUGCAUACGCCUCAGCUAUGGCGCUUCUUCAUAAAAUCACAACCUUUUCAAGGUCUUCUAGUGCAAUCAUUCUCCGACUUUGUUUGCGAAAUGUCCAAUCAUUCGCUACUUGAAGCUUACCCUCCAAAAGUGCUUAAAAAAAGUUUCGACAGGUUACAUCCCAUGUUUGCGGACGGCCAGCAGCAAGACAGUCAUGAAUUCUUAAUGAUUUUGUUGGACUCCCUACAUGAAGAAGUAAACAGGUCGAAGAAAAGAGAGCUUGGUAAAAAGCAUGCCGAAGCAGAGCACGCUUCUGAAGAGUACUUGGCAGAUCUUUCGUGGAGUCGAAACCGUGCAAGGGACGACUCCGUAAUAUUGGAUUGGUUUAAUGGACAACUACUAUCAACAGUUCGAUGUCUUACCUGCAACAGAUGUUCUCAUGCAUUCGAUGAGUUUAUGUACCUCUCAUUGUCUAUUCAGGGAUCGGAUUCCACAGAUCUGAUGAGGUGCAUUGAAGAGUUUUUCAAAUCAGAAGAACUAUCUGGUGAAAAUCUUUGGCUGUGUCCUCAGUGCAAAAUCCCUUGUGAGGCUGUGAAAACCUUCGGCAUGUGGCGCCUCCCCGAAUAUCUUAUAAUCCACCUAAAACGCUUUCGCUCAUACACCACUUGUGAAAAGAUUGACUCUUAUGUACAGUUCCCUCUUACUGACCUCAAUUUGUCGGCUUUUAUAAAAAGCAGGACUGUCUCUGUCUGCACAUACGACCUCUACGGUGUUAUUAACCAUCAUGGAUCUGUGCAGUCUGGUCAUUAUACGGCUUUUUGUUUCGAUUUGGCUGACAAUAAGUGGUGGAAUUUCAAUGAUUCCCGUGUGACUGAACUAUCAGAGGCCGAAAUUCCGACUCGUGCAGCUUACGUCCUCUUCUACAAGCGUUCAAAGAGGUCUACAAAAACUGGAUGA